GGGACUAAGAGACAAACACCCAGGGCUGGGAACAUAGCAGAGAGUAAUUGUGGCAACGAGGGGAACCCGGGAGGCUGCCUGGCAGAGGUGGCGACAGCUGCCCGAGGGCGGAGCCUUGUGGCCCCGCCCUGCAGCCCCGCCCCCACCCUGUCACUCAACUGGGCUCUGGCCAGAGCGCAGCAUCCAGCGCGCUGCGGGCUCCGGGCUAUGGACGCCCCAGGUGCCCCGGUCCCAGCCGCUGCCCCCAGCUCCGCAAGGAAGGAGCUGAAGAUAGUGAUCGUGGGUGAUGGUGGCUGCGGCAAGACGUCGCUGCUUAUGGUGUAUUGCCAAGGCUCCUUUCCCGAGCACUAUGCCCCAUCGGUAUUUGAGAAGUACACGGCUAGUGUGACUGUGGGCAACAAGGAGGUGACCCUGAACCUCUACGACACAGCUGGGCAGGAAGACUAUGAUCGGCUGCGGCCCCUGUCCUACCAGAACACACACCUCGUUCUCAUCUGCUAUGACGUCAUGAACCCCACCAGCUAUGACAAUGUCCUCAUCAAGUGGUUCCCUGAAGUAACACAUUUCUGCCGAGGGACCCCCGUGGUUCUCAUCGGCUGCAAGACAGACCUGAGGAAGGACAAGGAGCAGCUGCGGAAGCUCCGGGCAGCCCAGCUGGAGCCCAUCACCUACACACAGGGCUUGAGUGCCUGCGAACAGAUGAGAGCUGCGCUCUAUCUGGAAUGUUCCGCCAAGUUUCGGGAGAAUGUGGAAGAUGUCUUCAGGGAAGCUGCCAAGGUGGCCCUCAGUGCCCUGAAGAAAGCACAAAGGCAGAAAAAGCACAGGAUCUGCCUGCUGCUGUGACCUUGGGGUGCACAGCCCUGAGCAGAGCUGUCCGGGUUAGGGACCCAGGCCUUGGCUCCUACUGGGAUUUUAUCCCGUCAGAGCACUGGGGCUAGACUCUUGGAACAUUCUGGAACUGUCCCUUUGGGUUCAUGCUAUGGUUCGAUGGUGAAUGAAGAUGCCAGACCUACCAGUGUCCCUCUCCCCUCGGGCUGACACUUGUUCCCAGGCUGCAGGAGGGCCCUCGAAACAGCUCUUCUUGCCCCAGCCAUGCGUGUUUCCCUUUCCAAAGCCAAUUCAUGCUUGAAGCUCAGAAAGGCACAAAGAGUGUGGACAAGUGUGGAUGUGCACUGCUGUUCCCAAGUGUCCCAAGGCCACCGUUCCUCUGUCCUCCCUGAGCUCCUGAGAUAGCUCGGCUACAUCCUCCAGCCUCUUCCUCCUUCCCGUCAGGAACCGAGGGCCACAUCCUAUCAAGAGAACACAGGCAUCAAGCCGGACAUGAGCCGGCACCAGCUGUUCCUGCUGUACCACACUGAAGACUUUUGUCUUAGCCUGAGACACAUGUUCAGGGGAAGAAGAAACAAUCUCUUAAAAGGUCAAAAUAUACUCAGGCCUCCCACCGAUCCCUACCCCAGAUUUCACCUCCAAACCCGCAACUGACUUCCACUGGGGACUCCUAAUGGACAGUGCCUGCACCCCAUCAGGGACCUCAGGCGAAUGGACUCUCCCCUUAGACCAUCCCCAUCUGUAAGCGGCCAGGACUGGGUCAUCAUCCCACCCUAUUCAGUGUCUGCUUCUACCAGGAUGCGGGGCUCAGGAAUGGCCUGUCCCUGCCUCCUUCCAGAACUGACCUGCAGACCACCAAUGUCCACAACAGCAAGACUCCUGAGCUCUGAAAUUCCUUCCAGAAGGUCUAGACUCUGCAUUUCAGAACUUUUCAAGCCAAGUUUCCCAGGUGGUUUUAGUGCCCCCAAGAGGAAGUCAGCAUCUCUCAAGAAGAAACCAUGGCCUAGGCUGGCUCAUCUGUCCUAGGACCUCUUGACUCAGCCCCCAAAGUCAGGUUGCCAAGGAAAGGGACUUCUGGCCCCCUUCCCCGCAAGUGCCCCAAGGCCCUGCUGUCCCCUGCAGAGCUAACCAAGGACCUCUUGGUCUCUCAGAAUCCAAGGCCUUGUAGAUAAAUUAUGAUGUAGGGCAGGGGUCAACAAACCACAGCCUGUGGGCCAUACGUGGCCACUGCCUGUUUUGUAAAUAAAGUUUUAUUGAACUGCCACAGU